ACAUCUCUUCUUUCAGGUAUCUUUCCACAGGCCCUGAAAACUGCAGUAAUCAAGCCACUUUUAAAAAACAACCUAGACAAGUCACUAAUGAGCAACUAUAGGCCAAUAUCAAACCUUCCGUUUUUAAGUAAAAUCAUUGAAAAAGUAGUCUUUCAACAACUCAACCAUUUCUUGUCACUAAGCAACAGUUUUGAUACCUUUCAGUCGGGUUUCCGACCACACCACAGCACUGAAACGGCUCUUGUCAAAGUCUUUAAUGACAUCCACCUUAACACAGAUAUGGCAAAAUUUCAUCUUAGUAUUACUGAUCUCAGUGCUGCAUUUGACACGGUCGACCAUGACAUAUUACUAGACCGAUUGGAAAACUGGGUAGGACUUUCUGGCUUAGUACUAAACUGGUUUGAAUCCUACCUAAAGAAUAGGGAUUACUUUGUGUCAACAGGUAAUUAUGCAUCUGAGCGUACAAAUAUGACGUGCGGAGUUCCGCAAGGCUCCAUUCUGGGGCCUCUUCUGUUUAACAUCUACAUGCUUCCAUUGGCUCAGAUUAUGGAGAAAAAAAUAAGUUACCAUAGUUAUGCGGAUGACACACAAAUCUACAUAACCUUAUCGCCAGGGACUAUAGUCCAAUACAAAAAACUGACUAACUGCAUCAAACAAAUUAACGACUGGAUGUGCCAGAACUUUCUGAAAUUAAAUGAAGGAAAAACUGAGGUAGUUGUUUUUGGAAAAAAAGAGGAACGAUUAAAAGUCUGCGCUCAGCUUCAAAACAAUGUUAAAAACAACAGACAAGCCAGAAAUCUUGGUGUAGUCAUGGACUCAGACCUGAACUUUAACAGCCACAUUAAGACAAUUACAAAGUCAGCCUACUAUCACCUAAAGAACAUAUCAAGGGUUAAAGGACUUAUGUGUCAACAGGACUUGGAAAAACUGGUCCAUGCUUUCAUCUUCAGUAGACUUGACUACUGUAACGGGGUCUUUACAGGUCUCCCUAAAAAAUCAAUCAGACAGCUGCAGCUGAUUCAGAACGCUGCUGCUCGAGUCCUCACUAAGACCAAGAGACUGGAUCACAUCACUCCAGUUCUGAAGUCUUUACACUGGCUUCCUGUGUCUCAAAGAAUUGAUUUCAAAGUACUCUUGCUAGUUUAUAAAUCCCUUAACGGUUUAGGUCCAAAAUACAUUUCUGAUCUGCUACUACACUAUGACCCCCCCAGACCUCUCAGGGCAUCUGGGACAGGUCUACUUUCUGUCCCCAGAGUCAGAACUAAACAGGGUGAAGCAGCUUUCAGUUUCUAUGCUCCUCAUAUCUGGAACAAACUCCCAGAAACCUGCAGAUCCGCUGCUACUCUCAGUUCUUUUAAAUCAAGGCUGAAGACCUUUCUUUUUGAUGCUGACAUUGUGGGUCAUCUGAAGCCCUCGGGUUCUCCAGCUGAUACUAUCCCAUCUAAAUUUUUUAAGGAGAUUUUUACCACUGUUGGGCCACCUUGUCUCACAGUUAUUAACAGCAGCCUGUCUUCUGGAGUAGUUCCUGCGGAUCUUAAACAUGCAGUUGUGCUGCCUUUAUUAAAGAAACCUGGGCUGGAUCCUACUAUUUUGUCUAAUUUUAGGCCUAUCUCCAGAUUGCCUUUCGUCUCUAAAAUAUUAGAGAAGAUUGUAUAUUUCCAGCUCAUGGACUUUUUAAAUGAACAAACAAUUCUCGAAAAGUUCCAAUCCGGUUUUAAACCAUUGCACAGCACAGAAUCAGCACUUUUAAGAGUUUUUAAUGAUAUUUUUUUAGCUACUGACUCUGGUCACUGUGUUGUUCUUGUACUUUUAGAUAUGACUGCUGCAUUUGAUACAGUGGACCAUGAAAUCCUGAUUGCUCGUUUGGAGCAGUGGGUGGGCGUCAGUGGCACAGCACUGGAGUGGUUCAGGUCCUACCUGUCACAUCGGACUUUCUGUGUCGGCUUUGAUGACUCGGUGUCCUCCACUGCUCCUCUCUCAUGUGGGGUUCCACAGGGCUCGGUACUUGGCCCUCUUUUAUUUUCUCUCUAUCUACUCCCACUUGGCUCUAUUCUCAGGAAACAUGGCAUUUCUUUUCAUUGUUUUGCGGACGACAGCCAGAUUUAUGUCCCCCUCAAAAAAUCUGAUUCUAACUCUGUGAACCCACUGCUACAGUGUCUACAGGACAUUAAGGCUUGGAUGUCCUUAAACUUUCUAAAUUUUAAUGAAAAAAAGACCGAAGUCAUGGUCUUUGGUGGCACUUCUCUGACCUCCUCCCAAGUUGAUUUGGGUUCUUUGGCGCAGUAUCGCAAGCCGAUUAAACAAAACUUUGAGACAGUAAUCCAUGCCUUUCUGACCACUCGGCUGGAUUACUGUAAUGCACUUUAUAUGGGGGCUAGCGGGUCCUCCAUUGCUCGUCUUCAGCUUGUACAAAAUGCUGCUGCACGUCUUUUAACAGGCACUAGCAAGUAUGAGCACAUUUCACCUAUUUUAGCUUCACUCCACUGGCUGCCCGUCAAUUUUAGGAUUCAUUUUAAAAUUCUUUUAUAUGCUUUUAAAGCCUUGAAUGGCCUUGCCCCCCCUUACCUCUCUGAGCUGCUGCACCCCUACAACCCUAGCCGAUCUCUCAGGUCAGCUGACCAGCUGCUCCUGACGGUGCCUAAAGCUAGGCUUAAGCUCAGGGGGGACCGUGCAUUUGCCGUCGCAGCUCCAAAACUUUGGAAUGGGCUGCCUCUGCACAUUAGACAGGCCUCCUCUCUGUCUCAUUUUAAAACUCUUCUUAAAACCCACCUCUUUUCUUUGGCUUUUACAGUAAAAAUCAAAUCCAGACCAAACAACAGAAUUAACGGCAGAACUAGAACAUUGACAGAGUUCCAUUAUGACCGUAGACAUAUAAAGAGCAGACGCCGCAUCGACCGCUACUGCCUACUGGCGCUGACGAGCCGUGGGGCGGCCAUCUUGGAUCGGUCACCAGCUCCACUCAGUGGAACGUGUUUGGCAGGGAAAGGUGGGCCCCGAGACAAAAACCUCACGGAGUCAGUCAGACGCCACUGGAGCUCAGAGUUCAACGGGUUCAAUGGAUCCAUUAAAGAGGAGGACAAGAGCAGGGGACAGGCCUGGCAGGACGAGGUCAACUGUGGACGAUGA